CGUAUAUUCUGCUUUAGUGCGUUGUGGAAAAUUCACAGAAACACACCGUAAAACAUGAGGCUAUGGUUAGUUUUUCUGGGUUUCGUUGUUGUUCAUGGUGGAGUUAUAGGGCCUGAGCCUCAGUGUUCGAAAUUUCACUACGAAGAACAACUUCUGGAGAAAAUGGUAAGAAUGGAGGUGAAAGUUGAAGGUGUGGAGAAACGAAUUAUGGAAACUAAUCAACGUGUGCUGGACGUUCUUGGAAAUCUGCAAACAGAGAGAAAAGACAUGAAGAAUGAAUUCAAUGAAUUGCAGAUACAAUAUUCUAAAGAAAUGGAGGAACGUAUUGCUGAUAUUGAAAAAUUAAAAGAUACCCUCCUGACAGAAACAGUAGCGUUUAAAGCACGUGGACCCUCAGAUAAAAGUCUUGGCACCGGCAAAACUAUAGUAUUUGCAGAGACAAUGUUAAACAAAGGUGGAGCAUACGAUAAUGUCACGGGAAUGUUUACGGUUCCUGUGAGCGGGGCAUACCUUUUUACCAUCCAGCUGUGUAUACUGAAUAAGAAACAAAUGCAUUAUGGUAUCAUGAUUGACAACUCACUGUACACGUCUGGAAGAUUCUACGACAAUGACGCAUACACUUGCGAUUCGGCUGAUGCUAUAACUGUUCUGGAAGGAGGAGAAAGAGUUUACGUCAAGUGUCUAUAUUCACCGUCGUCGUCUGGAGACAUUCUGUAUGAGUAUAGCAGUUCAACAUACAAUUACUGGAGUAGCUUUUCCGGCUUGCUGAUUCACAGAUAAAUAAGCUUAAUUAUACCAAUGAUAUCCUUAAUCGUGACACUUACAGAGCAUUUACGUUUAACACGUAAACUUUAUAUUAUUUCAAGGUUUUAUACACACAAACUUAUCUAGUUUUGUUACAUGUCAUUGACACUAUAUUAAUCGCAGUCACCUCGCUCAGAAAAUCAUGUUGGUUAAAAAGAAACUAGGUUUUCUUGUCGGAUUCAUUACUUCAUCAUUUAAUCGUAUUUUCUGCAUACUGUUCUUGUUAUAAAUUUUUGAUGUAAUGGAACAUACAUAAAUUAAUACCCUUUUGAAACUAGCCUUAUCAGGAUUACGUUUGAUACAAUUUUGCUAUUUCCGCAUCAAAAACGUCAUUGUGGAAGAAAAACUGCGAUGUGCUCUAACUGUCAAUACGAUAGCAGUUAUAUCUAUAUCCAAUACCACAUGUACCACACCACCUAUACCACCGACCAUAAUUGUUACGAGUGACGCAAGAUUGAUAUGGUAGAUUGAUUUGAAUACAAAGUACACCAGAAUUACAUUUGUCUGGCGACUCCUCCUGAAGGAUGUUAGUUAUACUAAUUUGUAUAUAGUAUAAGAUCAAGCAAUACGCGUGGUUAUUAUAUUAGAUAAUGUUUAUAAUUUGAUUUUGGCUGCUGGUCUCUAGUCCCACGUCCUACCACUGUAUUGUUUGUUGAUUUAACCGUGUUGUAUGUCACAGGCAUGAAUGUGGAUGUCAUUCUCAAUGAAUGUUUGUAGUCAUGCCCGUUUUAACUUUAAGAAAAUUAGGAUAUCUUCUGUGGACUGGCGGUUUUUUUCAAGGUCAAGCAAACGCUUUGGCCUACAAACAUCAAACUGCAUAUAAUGAAUUUUUGUGAUAAUUAGAUAACAUGGUUUUAUAAAAAAGUUCAAUAUCACAGUGACAUUGUGACCAAAAACGGUUUUCGCGCUGAACGCUGUAGUAUACAGCCGUUUAACUUCAAAGUAUUAUUGCUUGUGGUCAUUAAAUGACUUCUAUAGUUCCGGAGGUCAAGUUAAUGGUCAAGGUCACAGAGAUAUGAACACUAGAAACGGUUUCCGCUCAAUAGCUAAAAAUUUCUUCGGCAACGUUGUCAAACUUAUCUUUUCAUUAAUACGUCUUCCUGUCAGGAACUAAAAGACGCUUUGGUUUACAUUCUUCAAACUUAAUAGGAUUGCCUGUGAUCAGUAGUAUUGUUUUGGUGGGUGGUGGGUCAAACGUCAGUGUCAAAGUGGUCUUGAUACUGAAAAUGGUUUCCGUUCAAUAACUAAAAACGCUUUGGCACGCAGUCAAACCUCGUCUUUUGUUAUAUUAACGCUAUGAAUUCAAUAAAAAAUCACCAGCUUCCUAUAUAAUAAAAAAGUGUACAGUAUUUAUUCAUUUCUAUAAAACGUAGUUAUAAUAUUAUAUAUUUUAUGUAUAAAAUGACCCAUCUUGAUUCCAUAUUCCACAAGUAAGUAUGAAUCUGAUAAAGACUCGAACCACGAGGAACUACAAGCAUGACAUUGUCUUCGUUGAAUUUGACACGCUCGGGUGUCAGGCCCGUUCCGUAAUCCGAAAUAUCUUUACCCGGUUACCAUUGAAAUUCACGAUUUUGAUUAAAAGCUUGUCCCCAAUAAUAAUCGUCAUUAUUGGCAUUAGCGACGCAAAUGUUAUUAUAUCUGUCUACAUAAACUGCUUCUGAAUUUCAAUUCUAUGAAUUCACUUUUCAAUUUUAUUAUUGACGGAAGCGUAAUAAAAUAUUGCAUGCCUCUGCCUCGCAAACCACA